AUGUCGGGCAUCGGCGGAAACAUUGUGGAAAAGCCAUCGGUGAGAAAGGAGAAGGAUGAAUUGGCAGGAAAGUUCAGAUUCGGCAAGACCAUCUUGGUCACUGACCUCGUCUACAAGUGUGACUCGAAUGCCAAAGGAACAACGAACAUUCAAUAUGGGCUCGACGAGUUGGGAUACACCGCCACGGUCAUCGACAUCAACAGUUUCAGAAGCGUGACGAGGGCCCAAAAGUUCCUAGAUGCAGUCGACCACUUGAAGAAGGAUGUGAUGCCAGACCUCGCAGCCGAGGAGAAUGACCCCAGAUUUCAUGGUAUCCGAUCAGGCAUCCAGGACGUCGCCAUGGACUCAGCGGACAUCCUGAGGAGCUUUGGUAUCAUGGUCACAACUGAUGAUGGGAUGUGGCGAUUGAUGUAUGGUCAUGCCGGGAAUCACUACAUGAACAACCACAGACCUGACCGAUUGGGAGUUUUCGCAACCAUGGAAAAGUUCUUAUUCGGACAAAGGGUACUGUUGAUGUGUUCCCUGAAUGUUGAAGCUGCAAAAGGAUUGAACGACAUGGUGAAGGAAUCUUCCAUGAAGGUUGGCAUCAACAUGGAUCUGAUGGAGAAGGUGCUCAAGGAGCCUCUUUCGAUCCAAAUCGGAACAGGAGGUGGAGUACCAGAUACUGCAAGCACUGGAUUUAAUUGCCCAGGUACUGUUGGAGGUGGAAGAAGAAUGAAUGUUGAAUAUGAGAAGGCGCCAUGGAUUGAAGCCACAGUGAGGUCGGUUCUUCCAGAACCAUCGGCCAACAUGUACGACAUGUGGUUCUACGUCAACCAUGGACGCGAUGAGGUGAUUUUAUGCCAAAGGCAUUUCAAUGGACGUGAUGACGAAACCACACCACACGACUUCAUGAAUCAGGACUUCGGAUGUGGAAAAGAAUGCAUCGCUUGCCGCGCAAGCGAGAGGGACUACCAACUUUGGCCGCCGGAGUACCAGAGAAAGACGAUCAUCAAAACAGCGGCAAGGUCCCGUGCAUUCUUCAACAUCAUGUCAGAUGCAGGCAAUGUCGUCACUGACCCUCAGAAGGAUUUCGUGCAGUUUCUUAAGGACAUCACCAAAGCAAUGGUGGGCAACAAGGGGUGCGAACACGGUGAGAUCCUUAUGAAGGCGUUGUUGCACUUCGGGAUGGUCAGAGUUCCCAGGGACCGCGUGAAGCAGAUCUUCACUGGGAAACGGGGAAGACAAUACAGCGUCAUCCCAGAAGAGUUCAUGUUGGAUGAUGGUACGGAAGCCCAUGAGCGAUUUGCAUAUCGCGUCUCAAAGGACUAUGGGAAUGUCUUCUACAAGGACUAUCUCAAGAUGGUACUCGGAGAUGAUUUCACAGAUGCAUGGGCUAUGCUGAUGCUGCGGCCGAGAAAUGCGGUGACGUGGUCGAAAUGUGGCUUGGCAUGUUAG